GUUACACACACUCUCUGUCCAAAAUUUCCACUCUCUCUCUCUCUCUCUCUCUAGAAUCCUAUCUCUCUGCAUACCUUUAUCGUCUCAGUACUUGUUAUUAGGAAUAUCAUUGCUCCUUUUCUCAUUCGUGGUCUUGUGGUCGUGGACACUUGAAUGUUUUUCCAUUUCUGGCUGAAGUUAACUCUCAUGGCCAACCUUUGUAGUGCUAUUGUUUAGAACUUAACCUGUGUUUCACUUGUAGUUCAGCUUUUUAUUACAAUUACAUAGUAAGAUCAACCCCUCUUUCUCUGUCUCUCUCUCCCUCUUAGACACACAGAGAAAAUGACUUCUGUGAAUCUGGGUUCAUGGUUUCAGACAUCAAUCAUCAACAAAGAUACAGGACCCAGAUCCAUACCCAUCUCAAAUUUUUUAUCUCCAGGUUCUAAAAGUCUUCAAAUUCCUUCAGUACAUCAAAAACAGAGAAAACCCAUGUCUUCAAUUUGUGCGGUUCUCGCAAAAGAAGAGACUCUUCAAGAAGAUCAACGAAAACCCACUUUUGAUUUCAAGUCUUACAUGCUACAAAAAGCCAAUUCUGUUAACAAAGCAUUAGAUGCAGCUGUUUCUCUUAAAGAGCCGGCUAAAAUCCAUGAGUCUAUGCGAUACUCUCUUUUGGCUGGUGGCAAGAGGGUUAGGCCAGUGCUUUGUCUCGCUGCGUGUGACCUUGUUGGUGGGUCUGAAUCCAUGGCUUUGCCUGCUGCUUGUGCCGUAGAAAUGAUCCAUACUAUGUCAUUAAUGCAUGAUGAUCUUCCUUGCAUGGAUAACGAUGAUCUUCGCCGUGGAAAACCCACCAAUCAUAUUGUUUUUGGUGAGGAUGUUGCGGUUUUGGCAGGGGAUGCUUUACUGUCAUUUGCAUUUGAACAUAUUGCAGUGUCUACAAUCCAUGUUUCGCCUCUUAGAAUUGUUCGUGCAAUUGGUGAAUUGGCGAAAGCUAUUGGUGCUGAAGGACUUGUCGCCGGGCAAGUUGUUGAUAUUUGUUCUGAAGGGUUGUCCGAAGUGGGGUUGGAGCAGCUUGAAUUUAUUCAUGUACAUAAGACUGCGAAGUUGUUGGAAGGUGCUGUUGUUCUAGGGGCCAUAUUAGGUGGAGGAACCGAUGAGGAAGUUGAGAAAUUGAGGACCUAUGCAAGAAGUAUUGGAUUAUUGUUUCAAGUAGUGGAUGAUAUUCUUGAUGUUACCAAAUCUUCACAAGAAUUGGGGAAAACUGCAGGGAAGGAUUUGGUUGCGGAUAAGGUUACUUAUCCUAGGUUAAUGGGAAUUGAGAAGUCUCGGGAGUUUGCUGAGAGGUUGCUGAACGAAGCCAAGGACAUGCUUGCUGGAUUUAAUCAAGAGAAGGCCGCUCCGUUGAUAGCUUUGGCUAAUUACAUUGCUUACAGGCAAAACUAAUUUAUGUUGUAUUACAAUUGUUUCUCGGUUGCCUUGUUUUUGUAUAAAGUUAGAUCUCCUCUACAGUUUUCGAAGAGUGCUUGUUGCAUCAAUGUUGUGUUACUGAGGUUGUGCCAAUGUCGCGAUUCAGAUCAAUAGCAAUAUGGACAACUUAAUUUUCUCCC